UACAGGUUAGUGUAGUGCAGUUGAAGUUUGCACCACUACAGUGUAAUCGUUCUCUCGUUUCGUUGUCGUCGCACAAGAGCGUUGUGGAAAAAAAAUCCCCAAACAAAACAAACACCGGUCGGCAGUUUCCAGUGCAGGACCUAACCGAAAUUAUCAAUCAAACGAAUAUACAAAUAGAUCAAAUGGCACAAACUAUAACUAACCAACAUUCAAACAAACCUCGGACGUUCCUUUGCGAUUUGUGUAAAAAAUGUUUUUUUACCAAAAAGCAAAUUCUCUGUCACAUGAUUACCAUCCACAGUACUGCAACGGCUAAUCGUCCACUCAAAAAACCGAAGUCUGAUAAAAAGCCUUACAAGUGUGGAGUUUGUUUAAAAAAUUUUACGGCGAAAUGCAGUCUGGUAACGCACACACGGCUGCACACGGGCGAAAAGCCCUAUAAAUGUGUUGUAUGCCUGAAAUCUUUUUCGAUCAAAUCCUAUCUGGUAAUACACGAACGCACGCACACUGGGAAGAAGCCAUACACAUGUGCCGUUUGUUUAAAAUCAUUUACGUCGAAAUCAUAUCUGGCAACGCACAUACAGCUGCAUACUGGCAAAAAACCCUACAAAUGUGUUGUAUGCCUGAAAUCUUUUUCGGUAAAAUCCUAUCUGGUGACACACGAACGCACGCACGCUGUGGAGAAGCCAUACAAAUGUGACGUUUGUUUUAAAUCAUUUACGGCGAAAUACAGUCUGGUAAAACACCAAAGCGUGCACACUAAAGAAAAGCUUUACAAAUGUAAAGUUUGUUUAAAGUGUUUUACGGAGAAAAACAGUCUGGUAAGACACCAAAGCGUGCACCCAAUAGAAAGGCUUUAUAAAUGUGGGGUUUGUUUAAAAUCUUUUGCGGCGAAAUCCAGUCUGGUAAGGCACGUAAGCCUGCAUACGGGCGAAAAACCCUAUAAAUGUGUCGUAUGCCCGAAAUCUUUUUCGAUCAAAUCCUAUCUGGUAAUACACGAACGCACGCACACUGGGAAGAAGCCAUACACAUGUGCCGUUUGUUUAAAAUCAUUUACGUCGAAAUCAUAUCUGGCAACGCACAUACAGCUGCAUACUGGCAAAAAACCCUACAAAUGUGUUGUAUGCCUGAAAUCUUUUUCGGUAAAAUCCUAUCUGGUGACACACGAACGCACGCACGCUGUGGAGAAGCCAUACAAAUGUGACGUUUGUUUUAAAUCAUUUACGGCGAAAUACAGUCUGGUAAAACACCAAAGCGUGCACACUAAAGAAAAGCUUUACAAAUGUAAAGUUUGUUUAAAGUGUUUUACGGAGAAAAACAGUCUGGUAAGACACCAAAGCGUGCACCCAAUAGAAAGGCUUUAUAAAUGUGGGGUUUGUUUAAAAUCUUUUGCGGCGAAAUCCAGUCUGGUAAGGCACGUAAGCCUGCAUACGGGCGAAAAACCCUAUAAAUGUGUCGUAUGCCCGAAAUCUUUUUCGGUAAAAUCCACAUUGGUAAUACACGAACGCACGCACACUAGCGAGAAGCCAUACAAAUGUGACGUGUGUCUAAAGUAUUUUAGCCAAAAUACUAACCUUACCAUACACAAACGUAUCCACAUCAGAGAAGAGUGUAUUGAAUGCUUAAAAUCUUUGACCCCAAAAGACAGUCUGGCUGGACACAAAUGUGUCCAUAUUGAUAAAAAACCAUACAAAUGUGAUGUGUGUCUGAAGUUUUUCGCACAAAGUUCUGACCUUAUCUUACACAGACGUACUACCUGGCUGGACACAAAUGUGUCCGUAUUGAAAGAAAGCCAUACAAAUGUGUUAUGUGCUUAA